GGCACGUCCCGGCACCCCCAGGAAUUACCAAGAAAGGCGGACGGCAGACAACAAGACGCCGCCACCAGCCCGACAGGACACUCUUCACCACUAUCGGGGACUAAACCACAUGCUGGUCAGAGCCUCGGCUAGGAACAAACCCACCGCCCUCGACCACCCCUGCCCGCCUCGCUGCCCCUCGACACCUGGACUCGACCACGACGCCGCCGCCCAGGCUAUUUUUCCCUUGUUCAUCUCAGUAGGGUUGGUUCCAGUCAGAGCUUCCUGACUGUCCAGCCCAUCCGCACCGCCGUUGAUGUGGGGCCUGGGGUCGAAGCUCGCGACCAUGGCGGACCGCAAACGGGCUGGCGACUACCUGAUGGACAUUGUCAUGUUCGCAGGCAUGACCGCAACCCUCUACUUUCUGACCAAGAACAUCCUCUCGUCCCUCACCAACACCCUCGUCGACCCGGACAAGGAGAAGCACGAGCAGGCCAGUCUCAAGGCAAAGGCGAACCUGCAGAGGCUACGCAACCGCAAGGAUGCCGACGCCAAGGGCGACGCCACCGACGGUGACACGUCCAGCGCCCGGGGCAGCGGCCCCCGCGUUGAGGACCUAGUGCUGAACGACUACGAGAACCAGAUUGCACUUGAGGUGGUGGCCCCCGAGGACAUAACCGUGGGCUUCGACGACAUUGGCGGCAUGGACGAGAUAAUCGAGGAGGUCAAGGAGGCCGUCAUCUACCCGCUGACCAUGCCUCACCUCUACUCGCACGCCGCCCCGCUUCUCGCCGCGCCCUCGGGCGUGCUGCUCUACGGCCCUCCCGGGUGUGGAAAGACCAUGCUGGCCAAGGCGGUGGCGCACGAGAGCGGUGCUUCCUUCAUCAACCUGCACAUAUCAACCCUGACGGAGAAGUGGUACGGCGACUCCAACAAGCUAGUCCGCGCCGUCUUCUCUCUCGCCCGCAAGCUACAGCCCGCCAUCAUUUUCAUCGACGAGAUCGACGCCGUGCUCGGCACCCGCACCCGCGGGGAGCACGAGGCCAGCGGCAUGGUCAAGGCCGAGUUCAUGACGCUAUGGGAUGGCCUGACGUCGUCCAACGCGUCUGGCGUCCCGUCGAGGAUAGUUGUGCUGGGGGCGACGAACCGUAUCAACGACAUUGACGAGGCGAUCCUACGGCGCAUGCCCAAGAAGUUCCCCGUGCCGCUGCCCGGGCGGGAGCAGCGGCGGCGGAUCCUGGAGCUUGUGCUGGGCCCGACCAAGCGGGACCCGGAACAGUUCGACCUAGAGUACGUGGCGGCCGUGACGGCGGGAAUGUCGGGCAGCGACCUCAAAGAGGCGUGCCGCGAUGCAGCCAUGGCGCCCAUGCGCGAGCACAUCCGUGCCCAGCGCGCAGCAGGCGUACCCAUGGCCAAGGUCGACCCGGCCAUGAUCCGCGGCAUCCGGACCGAGGACUUCUUCAACAAGAGGGGCGGUGCGCAGCCGCAGAGGCACCACCAGAACCAUGAGCAGCUGCGAGAGGCCCGGGCCGUCGCCGACAUCAAGGCCGGGGGCGCGGCCGAGGCGAAGCGGGCGUCGGGGAGCAGCGACGAGUACGAAGAUGUGGACGACGAUGACGAAACCCAGCAGCAGAGACCUGUGUCGCCGGACUAGGAGGCCGUGGAUUGUCGGCGGAGACCACGUUCGCAUUCGUCUUGUUAUUUUGUUCUGCCUGCGAUGAAUUGCUGCGCAGUUGGAUAUCAGCUGCCAGGACGGUUUUCCCAGUCGUUGAGACGGCAUGUUUUGCCCGGCGUUCGCGGUAAACAGGCAUGUACAAAUCUAAUGUGGAUAUAGACAGAUGGGGGCACGGGCGGGAUGCCGAUAUGAAGACAUAUUCAACCAAAUGUUACUGCCGUUACUACACAGUAGUUCCUGGGCAACCCCUUGCUGUUGAUAGCCAUUUCCAGGUUUGCCAGAGUCAGGCCCGAUCACAAAGAGCCG